CACGGGAAAGCGAGAAGAAAUAGCCCACCUCUGAUCAUCAGCGCGUCAUAUAAUGUUUCAGCGGACGCCCCUCCCCCUGUCUCGUUUUUUCCCCUCACUCAACCUCUCCUUUGACUCACAGAGGCGGCUCACCACUGGCGCACGGACCCGCGGAGGAGGACACGGCCAGAAGAUGGCUGACUUAGCCGGGCGCCAAGAGCCCUCGGCGGCAUCCCCAGCGUCACACGGGCCGCUGCGAAGCUGCGAGACGCUCGCCGUCUGGCGACUGUGAACCGGCCUCCCUCCCUCCUCCGCUCACCGCAAAUAUUGACAGAAGCACCGCAGAGAAAACAUGGCAGAGAUGGAGAAAGAGGGCAGACCCCCGGAAAAUAAAAGGAGCCGAAAGCCUGCGCACCCAGUGAAGAGGGAGAUAAAUGAAGAGAUGAAGAGUUUUGCAGAGAACACCAUGAAUGAGCUGCUGGGCUGGUACGGCUACGACAAGGUGGAGCUGAGAGACUCUGACAACCUGGACAUAGGGGACACCCCCCAACACAUCUCUGUCCUCAGAGAAAACUUGUUGCCAAAAAUCCCAGUUUCAGCAGAGAGCAGCGAGGGCUCCCCGGAUCGAGCCAACAGCUCCCAGUCUUUGCCAGCCCACAGGAACGGAGUCACAGAUCCCUCCAACACACCGUACACCUCCACGCCCAGCAACAAGGAACAUGGCAACCUGCCCAUCAUAGUCCCCAUGAUCCCUCCGAUGAUCAAGCCCCCUGCAGAUGAGGAUGCAUCCAACAUGCAGAUCCUGUGCGCCUGGUGCCAGAAAGUCGGUGUCAAACGCUACUCUCUGAGCAUGGGGAGUGAGCUGAAGAGUUUCUGCAGUGAGAAGUGCUUCGCCGCCUGCCGCAGAGCCUAUUUUAAGAGAAAUAAGCUGGGAUAUGUAAGGAAUUACGCUGCGAGAGACGACGAUGGCCUCGGUGGGAAAUUACCCCAGAACAGCUUUACUCAGGACACGCCCAGGCUUGUCUUCAAGACAAACAGCGAUGUGCUUGUGUGUGACUGGUGCAAACAUAUUCGCCACACAAAGGAGUACCUGGACUUUGGUGCUGGUGAGCGGAGGCUGCAGUUCUGCAGUGCCAAAUGCCUGAACCAAUAUAAGAUGGACAUUUUCUACAAGGAGACACAGGCGGCACUGCCUGGUGCACUGUGUAACCCAGGACAUGGGCCUGGUGGGGAGGGUAAGCCUGAGUGCGGUGGAGGGGUACAGCUGCUCACUCCAGAAUCCUGGGGAACACCAUUAACGGACCUACGACGUAGAGCUCCCUCACCAACCACGAAUUCUGGCUUUGCCCCUUCUACUUCUUCUGCCACCUCCCCCUCAGACACUGCUGCUCUCUACUCACCGUCCUCCUCCUCCUCAGCCAAGAUCCCCACACCCAGACCCCAUGAGAGCCCCACACUCCCCCAUCCACCUGUUCCCACUUUGCACCCACCAGUUGGAGUUCCCUCUGGUAGCCCUCCAAUGGUAAUGACACCCCGGGGGCCUAUGCCCCUGCCUCUGUUCAUGGAGCAUCAAAUGAUGCACCAGAUACGUCCUUCGUUUCUUCGCCCCUCUGCCCACCCAGCAGGGCCCCACAGCCCACUUUCAAACCCUAUGAUCCCUGGUAUUGGUCCUCCACUUCCUCCAAGGACCUUUGGUUCAAGCCCCAUGCACAGGCCCAUGCUAUCUCCACAUGUCCAUCCCUCAGCCAAUCCUAACCAUGGCAUGAUGCCUCCCUAUCCUGGUCUCCAAAUGCCAGGCCUGCCCCCUUUCAACAUGAUGCCCAAUGGACAUAUGCCCCUGCCCCAAAUGAUGAAUUUUGGCAUGCCAUCAUUGGCCCCAUUGGUUCCCCCACCAACUCUCUUAGUCCCUUAUCCUGUUAUUGUACCCCUCCCAGUCCCAAUACCUAUUCCAAUCCCAAUUCCCAUGAACCCCAAAAUGUACAGGGACCCACCAGAGAGCAAUGUCUCUGUGCACAGUGCUCCAGAGUCGUCAGAAGCUUCAGUUUCUGGGCCCCACUCUCCAAGUUCCUCUGGCAGUGACCGAGGGGAGCACAAAAUAGAGCCAGCCAGUGCAGAACAUCUUUCUCCUGUACGUUCAGAGAGAAGCAGAAUGGCAUUAGUGGACUUGACUGUGAAGGCAGAGGAAAAUUCAGGCAACCAGUGUCUAACCAGCAGUCCCAGACUUAUGGAUGGUGUUAUUGAUCUAACUGUGGGCCAGAGGUCAUGCCAACAGCAGGUAAUUCAGAGGAUGCUACCUGAGGUCCGGGUCAAAAUAGAAGCAGAGGCUGAAUCACAAUCUCCACCCGCUGCUGGGUUGGGAAGGGAAGGGAAGGGCAGUCGUGAUGGUGGGGAAGGGGGUCUCUCACAGGGUCUCCUCAGUGCUCCACUGCUGGAAGGAGCCACACACACAAACACACUGGAAUCAUCAGAGCCACCAUCCCACAACAACAGCCUUUCUUGCAAUGGUGAUCCUCCAGCGAGCCAGCUAAAUCCCUCCAUCUCCAUCUCCAGCCUCACCCCACCACCCUUACCCAGCACAGCACGGACCCAGCCCCAACCACUGACCCAACUCCAAACUAACCCUGGUACCCCAUGUAAUGUCAUAGUCAAUGGUACAGGAUGGCAUCCACUUCUCACCCCUACGUUUGAGUCUUACCCUGACCGAAAAAGAGACGGGGUUGCAGGAGAAGGAGAGGAAGAGGAUCAGCCAGCCAAUGGAGAGCUGGAGCGUGAGGCACUGAAAGAGAACAAUUGCUCUGUUGGAGACUGGGAGCCAGGGAAGCGGCGCUCAGCACAAGACGAGAUGGUAAACUCAGUAGAGGGAAAGCCAGACCCUGACUCCAACUUGGAGGAGGGCGAGCAUGCAUAUGCCCUGCCACUGCUGUCUGCCGGAGGCUGUGUGGUCAUCCAGCCUGUGCCAAAGCCCGGCGCUGACAAGACAGCCAUCCUGUCCUGUUCCAUCAGUGCACCUUUAACAGCAGCCGGGAGCCCCGACCUGGAACCGCCACUGAAGAGGAGGUGCCUGCGAAUCCGCAAUCAAAACAAAUGAGAUGGAUGCUCUGAGGGAUGCAGUGCCAUCAGUGACACUCACUUGUCCAACCCCACCUCCAAAUCCCACCCCUCCCCACUACACCACUGCACACACAGAAACACACACUCACACACACUUUGUUCUCGUCCUCACCCAUCGUCCAGUCUACCAGCACCACAAAUCGCCUUCAACGACUGAUGAGAGUCCAACCAAACAUGUUGAUGUGUAUCAUAGCAGAGCGAACAGGACUUCUUUUGUCUGUGUGACAAAGACUCUAAUGGACUGAACGUACAGAUUUGAUGUCGUGGCCAGCAGGAAUCGUUUCAACUUCUGAACUGCAGACUGUGUGUCCCUUGCAACAGGAGGACUUCACCCUGCUGCUUCUGUCCUCAUUUGGAUUCUCUCAGCCCACACUGUCCCUUAUACCUUAUACACCCUCCCCUGUCAAAGUAAGUGCUCUGUUACCCACUGUAGUGUACGAUAUUCAGAGCCACUGUUGGGAAGCUAGUAAGGGAGCCUAGAGAGAGAUGUCCAUCCUUCUCUGAUAGGCUCCCAUUUAGCUCUGACCUGAUGCCACACCACAGUUAAUAUCUCAACUCCAGCAAGUGUUGUUUAUUUACCUCACACAACUUGUCACUAAGGGUAAGUCAAAUUUCACAAAGUCUAGACUGUAGAGCCACAGAGUUGAAAGAUAUCUAUCUAAUAAUCUUCUCAGCCUGGACUUGUCCACAACCAUUAAAGAAACGUAUUUGCCCACUGGACACCGAGUGUUUGGGGGAAAUUCUGAUGGGUGGGAAAAAGACACAUAACAGUUAAUGCAAUGUAACUGAAGGACAAUAUGAAGAGCUUUCUGAGGCUAGAAAAAUGUCCUUGGACAUUAAAUCAUCAAUUGUGUUGAGCGUUAUUCCAACUGAAUCAGCAAACUGGAGGAUAGAAUAUUAACCUUCACCAGCAAAUGAUGGCGUGUGAGUGGAAUCAUGCGAUCUCUGCCAUGUUCCUGUGGCAUCUACUUGUUUGCUCAUAGAAAUCACCAAAUUUAAAUAUAUAUUAUUAUACAAGAAUGAGACAGAGUUGUCAUGAUAAUCAUUCGUACUAUUUACAUUUUCACAUCCUCUGGAACACAGCUUGUGUACUUGAACGUGAGUGAGUAACAGUAAUGUGGGCCCCUGCUGUCUGAGAACAUUUCAGUGCUUACUGCUCACCCAUAAGAAGUGGGAUGGCAUGGCAAUGUGGAAACUCUGCCAACCUGCAAUAGGUACUUGCUACCGCAGGCUAACACUUAAUCUUUUCUAUAAUACAUUACCAGUGAUGUUCCUGUCAUGGGUUAGUUUGAGACUGACUGCACUGAAUUUAGAGGGGGCAACGGAAAGCCUGCUCUUUCAUGAAUAAUUCCUUUGGGAUCUGUAAAAAAAAAAAAGCUGAAAUAACACUAGAGAAAAUAUUUCCACAGUAAACACACUGAAGACGGAUUCAUUUAUUUUUAAAUAAUUUGGGAAAUCUAUACACAUUGACGCUUGCUUGUCCACUGAACCGACCCUGCCAAAUUAAACUUCUUCUCUUGCCAGGGCUUAUUUGUUUUGAGCCAAAUCUAAAGGCGGUGUUGUCCUUGAUUCAGCGCUGUGCUCUAUGUUCAGCUUGAGGGGCAGUUUAGGUAAAAACAUCACAAACUGUAACUGUCAUUAAACCAGAUUGAUGUGAUCCAGUUACACUGUGGCUUAAGCCUGUGAGCCGAGACACCAUCACACAAAGCCAGCCAUUUAAUUGACACUCCUAUGGAGGAGGUGCAUUUUACCAAUGCGAUACUUGGUGUUAUCAUAAGCCAAAGGCCUGGUGUGUUGAAACAAAACAUGUCGCCGUUUUCAUCAAGAUUUCAACCGAAAAAUUUGACCAGAUAAUUUAUGGUUGCCAAUUUAACAAGCACUUAUUUAAAAAACAAACAAAAAAGGAAUAUCGAGGAGAACAGAAGUGAAUGUCAGAAGCAGUAUUACCCUUGUUAUUUCUCUGCAAGUAAGGUUUUGGACUAAAAAAGAUAAUGUAAGAGUUGAGAGAUUCAAAAUCAUGUGUUACAUUGGUACAACCUUGUCCUUUCUCACCUGCAACCUGUCAUGAUGAGACACUGAUGAGCCAUUCUUUGUCCGAAUGAGGCCCAACCUUUACUCACACACAUGCACGUAAUAAGAAUACACGCACACAAUGCACAUAGUAAAUUAGGCUUUGUGUGUAUGUGUGUGUGUGGCAGGUGCAAGCAGAGAGCCCAGUUGAGAUUACAAAGUGUUGACUCAGAAUAAGCAGUGUGCAACUCUAUCUGUUGCCUGUUAGUCAGGCAUUUAGGCUUAGCUCGCCACUUGCCAAGGCCCAGCUUUGGUGUCACUUUAAGCAUUUUCACGCCAUCGCACAAAGCAAAAGCAGUGAAAAUGUUCUUUUUUUUAAACAGACGUCUUUUGUCUUCUUUAUGUUUUCCUGGUCAUAAGUAGAAACAAUCCUUUUUGUAGUUCUUUCACAGAUUUCCAUAUGCACCUAAUUUCUAAAGAAUAGAAAUUGAGCGAAUGCACCCCUGUUGCAAAAUGGCAAUUUCUCUAUCAAUCCUCAUCUGUGAUCUUGCAAGUGAAAGCACAAAAACCAGGGAUGAUGUAACUUAGAAAGCUGACACUGUAGCCUCAAGUGGCUGUGCUGCAGAACAAAUACAUACUGUAACAAUACUAAACCAACGCCACCGCCACAACUUUGGAGACCAUUAGCCGCCCAACACACCCCACACUAUUCUAACCAGAAACCAAAAAAGGUCUCUCAUUUUUUUUAACGACUAACAUUUGUCAUAUUGUAUUUAUUAUUUAUAUCCUUUUUGUAAAUUUCAUUUCUUAAAAAAAAACAUGUGUGUAACUUUUUAAAAGAUGCUUAGUCCCUCCAGGUUGCAAAAAACAAUAGUAGCUACAUCCCAAUACACAACAGCACCACUGGUACAGAUGUGUCGUUUCUCUGAUGGUUAGAAAGAUUACAGUUUCCUGUGUGUUAGUGUUCGGGCCUGCCCAUUACUCUGCGCCAUGCAGUUAAAAAAGAAAGGUGGAAAACUAUCAUGUUGGUCGUCCCAUCUGUUCGGUGAGAAGUUUUCACAAAAUAAUCUGUGUCCUGCUCGCUCGUUACUUUGUAGCUCAGAGCCGACGGCCUGCGGGCAUUUUCAAAAAAGACAGAAGACUGACUGUAACAAAAGUGUUAUGAAACAUUUUGGUCCUGUUCGGUGGGAGAGAUGAAUGAUGGUCUUGCGGGUAGAUUGCCAUAAAAUGUACUGAGCACGCUGAUGUUAAUUAGAGCAUGAACCCUUUCCACCUCGGCCACUCCAUUAGCUUUUCUCUAGCACCACCCUCAGGACAAAAUGUCAACUGUACAGAUCCAAUAUCCCAAAGUAAUUGUUUAGAUUUCACUUUAAGGAAAAGUUCAACAUUUUCGGACACGCACACAUUUGCUUUAUGCAGAGAAUUAGAUGAAAAGCUUGAUACUACUCUUAUAUCUGUAUGUUGAAUAUGAAGCUAGAGCCAGCCAUUUGUUCGCUGAGUUUAGCAUAAAGACUGGUGGAAAAAGCUAUAGCCUGGCUCUUUCCAAAGCUUGAAAAUAAAUACCAGCAUCUCUAAAAGUCCUCAUGUUAAGCUAAGCUAACUGGCUAAUGGCUGUAGUUUCAUAAAUGUAAUUCCCAAAAUGUGAAAGUACAGUAUUCCUUUAAAUUUGCUUCCAGGACAAAUGCAAGUUGAUAUGUUGACCUUUUCCUGACCUUUCUUCUGCUUCCAUCAUCAGGCCAAAUUUGCAAUUUUAGUCUAUUUUAUACUACUGGCUGAUCUCCCAGUCUUUCUCUAAGUGGGUUAGAAAAGGUUUAGGGGCUUGAUUUUAAACAGGAACAAUCAGAAAUCCAUUGUAUCUGUUUUCCUCCCUCGCUCGACACCUUUACACACACAUACAGACACACACAGAUAAAACUACAUGCCUAAUAUGUCUGGUCCUAAUCUGCAUCAUGUUGUGUAGCGUUACAAAAGGCAUGAUGUCCAUGUCGGAGAAAGAUACUGAAGAUAGGAAACCAUAACUCUCGCGUGGAAAUCCUGGACCAGUGAAUCAGUCUUUUGAGAUGAUGAACUGACUCGUGACAAACCUCCAGCAUUCCUUUUUUGAUGAUAGACUACAGGCCCCGGUCAGCAGCCUGAAUUAUGCAAUGACAACUAACUCCAAACCUAAUAGAGGCGAGUGGUCCACAGACAAAAUAAAACAUGACUGGACUUCAUGUUACUUUUCAAAAACAACAGAGAAGUUGCCUUAACUCUUGCUUGUAUAAUCUCCACAGUUAAGACAAUGAUGCUUGCUUGUAAAGAAGACUCUCCCUUCUUUGUACAAAACGAAAUAUACCAGAAACAAACAACUUUGUUAUCUUGCUUGUGUCAAUGUAUAGAUGAUCAGCUUUUUCUGUAACUUGUAUGGACUGUCACAUUUUUGCUAAGACGAAUCCUUCCUCAGAACUUUCUCGUUCCUAAACAUCCGAUCUGUUCGACGUUUUAACUUGUGGUGGACUGUCAAUCUUUUUGUGUACAUUUUAUAAUAUUAUUUAUUGUUGACAAGAUUUUUGCAUUCGCAAAUAAUAACAUGAAGACGGUUUGACCUGAGCAUUAUGUUUCAAUGUAAAGGCCUGGUGAUCAGUGAAAUGAUUUUUUUUUAUUAUUGAAAUGGAGAAAACGUGAUCUUCUGGAGGCGAUGAUCUUCUGUCUUUUUAUUAUGACAUUGUAACAUGUACAUAACAGGUGGCCAAAAUUGCUUUGGAAAAUGAUCUUUUUUUGUGUUGUAACAGUAUUUGUUUUAUCCAGUGAAUUGCUCAUGAAGACAAAUAAAUAAGAGGAACACACA